UUCUACAAUUUGCUUCUUGAUUUACUCAUUUUCUCACUUUGUUAUUUAGCUGCUGAUGUUAUACUGUGGAGACGACGGCGUGUUUCAUGUGGCAUCAUUGUUGUUGCAACUGUUGCCUGGCUAUUAAUCGAGAGAUCGGGGCUAUCGUUCUUAUCACUUUGUUCUGAUGUCUUGCUGGUUUUGAUUGUCUUGCUCUUUCUCCGUGCCAAUUAUACUGUUUUCAGGAAAAGACAGCAGCGAACAUUACCUGAACUAGUCCUCUCAGAAGAAAUGGUCAACAAUGCUGCUGCAUCAUUUCGUGUCAAAGUUAAUUAUAUGCUUCUUAUGGCUCAUGAUAUUACUCUCGGCAAAGACUUCAGACUUUUCUUCGUGGUUAGUGAUAGCUACCCUUUAUAAAGGUCAAGAGAAAUAUAUGAUUUUUCUAUGGAUGAAAUGAAUGCUAUAAUCUUGUUACCUCUCCUCUCACUUUCUUUAGUUGCUAGAAGAAUGUAGAUCUAUCACUGUAUUAAGCCCUUGUUUUCACGUUUUCCCAUAAAUUUUUCCUAUUUUUUA